CUUUAGUUGGGUAGGUAGCUAGCUAAUCAGCUUACAUUUUUAGUUAACUCGAACUAGCUAUCUUUUUUGAUAACAACAAAAAAUCUAAGCCCCAGUCGUGUGUGUAUUGGUGUAAUCUUUAUGCAGAUAAUUACUUUUGUGGUUAAGAUGAUUAAUCACAUGUAUAGUCCUGAUUCAGCCAGAUCAAGAUAACAACGUUGUUUGCUUCACUAAGCUAGCUAACUUACUAACGUUAGUAGGUAAUUGAUUGCCAAAUAACGUUGAUCCGGUAAUUUUACAUUUGAAACUGCAUCGUUGGGAAAGGAUAGUACACAGUGUUCGUACUGGCUGAGGAGACAGAGCUACAGACGGUAUCACAGACACUGGACAGAUUUAAUCUUAUAGAUUUGAAUGGACAAGGAGACCAGAAAUACAUAGCCCAGCUAGUUAACCCGUGUGGAAACUCCGCGAUGCCUGUGAAGAAAAAGAGGAAGUCUUCAGGGUCAGAUGACCCGGGACUCAGGAAGUGUAAAAUCACCUGUUUCUGCAGACCCCAGGCUCCAGGCAGGUUGAUCAGCCCAGAGGACCAGUUCUCCAAUAAGAGAUGUCUGGCCUGGUUCUACGAGUACACAGGUCCAGAUGAGGUGUUGGGUCCAGAGGGGAUGGAGAAGUUCUGUGAAGACAUUGGGGUGGAACCAGAAAACAUAAUCAUGUUAGUUAUAGCCUGGAAACUAGAAGCGCCAAAUAUGGGAUUUUUCACUAAGGAGGAGUGGCUUAAGGGAAUGACUCUACUACAGUGUGACUGCAUAGAGAGGUUACAGGGGAAACUGGACUACCUGCGCAAUCAUCUCAAUGACACGAUCAUCUUUAAAAACAUCUACAGAUACGCCUUCGACUUUGCCAGGGAUAAGGACCAGAGGAGUCUGGACAUGGACACAGCUAAGUCCAUGCUAGCAUUGCUACUGGGGAGAACAUGGCCACUCUUCCCUGUCUUCAACCAAUUUCUGGAGCAGUCCAAGUACAAGGUGAUGAAUAAGGACCAGUGGUUUAACGUCUUAGAGUUCAGUCGUACAGUCAGCACAGACCUCAGUAACUAUGACGAGGAUGGAGCCUGGCCGGUGUUAUUGGAUGAGUUUGUGGAGUGGCAGAAAGCUCGGCUGGCAACGUUAUAGCUGAGGACACACUCGCCAAACCGCAGAAGAGGAGGAAAGAGAGAAGCACACAUGAAGAUGUUCUCCCUCCGUUUGAAAUAUACAGAAACGGCACACACACUAUACAGAGAUGACACACACACACCUUUCAUGGACUGUGCGCACACACACACCCAUACGGUGUCACGGAGCGCAGAUACACUUCCAGUGACGGCCUCUGCGCUUAGUGGGCCAAACAGUGAAGUCCUCUCUCUGAAGAUACAUUUUCAGUGUUAAUUUAAACAAGUUCAACAAGAAGAAAACAAACAAAAAGCUAAACGAAAGGGGGAACUAUUUUUCAUAUAUAUUGCAUCUGUGGCCACAGUUCUCUAGCCAUUGUUAAGCUUGACUGGGGAAUUUUUCGGUUUCCUUGAACAUUUUUUCCCUUAAUUUUUGAGUCUUACCUUGUUUAUAGUAUGUUUUCAGAACAGGAAUAAAGAAUGGAAUUCAACCAAA